AUGAAUCAAGAUCAUCCACUCCCUCCAGUUAAACGACCAAAAGGAAGACCAAGAAUAUUACCCAUACCGAAACGUACAAAAGUUUCACGAGCUUGUGAUUUAUGUAAACGUCAUAAACGUAAAUGUAAUGGAGAUAAUCCUUGUCUAUAUUGUCAAGAAAAAUCAUUACAAUGUACUUAUUUGAAAUUAGAUGGACGAUCGAAAAAAUCAAAAUUUCAAUCAAAUAAUGAAAGACAACCUACAGUUGAUGGUGAUAAUAAUAAUAAUAAUAAUAAUGGAAGAAAUGAAGAUGGUGGUUUAAGUACAGAUUCUAAUGAAAUUGAACCUGAAAUUCCUUCAUUACCUAAUACACCAAAUUCAAAUUCACAUUCAAAUUAUAAUGGAUCAAGAUCAAUGGAGACACACAGUAACAACAACAACAACAACAACAACAACAACAAUAACAACAACAACAACAAUACGAAUAAUACUCGAAAUGAAUCUAAUGGAAAUCAAAGAAUCAAUAACGAUAAUUCUAAUAAUCUUGUGUAUAAUAAACCCCAAAAAUUUGAUGGUGAAGAAAAAGAACAAGAACAAGAAAAAGAAAAAGCAAAAGAUUCAGAUUCAGAUUCAAUAAUGAAAACAUCAUUAGGAAUGAUUUGUCAAAGUUUACAAACAGCAUUAUCUAAUGAUGAUAGUAGUAAUGUAAUAUCAUUUUUCAAAAAAAAGAAAGCUCAAGAAGCAAGACAAGAAAGAUUAUCAAAUUUAGAUGGUCAACAUACAAGAAUUUUAACUAGUGAAACUGGAGUAUUAAGAUUUUUUGGAGAAAGUAGUGCUUUAUCAUUAAUUAGUGAAUGUCGAGCAUUAUUUUAUGAAGUUUUAGGUCCUUCUACAUUUACUAAUGAUCCAGCACAAAAUUUCAUUCAUGAUGAACUGAUUAGUUUUGAUAGAGAUACAACUCCCAGUAGUUGUGGUGAUAGGAAGGAAAAAAAUGGUGGUGGUGGUGGUAGUGGUGGUAGUGGUAGUGGUGUUGCGGUACAAUUACCACUUAAAAAAGAUGCAUUAAUUAUGAUUGAAUUAUUUAAAUCAAAUAUUAAUGAUACAUUUUAUGUUUUCAAUAUGAAAUAUUUUAUGGAAAAAAUUGUUGAUAAAGUUUAUAAUAAUCCUAUAAUUGCUAAUUCUAAACAAUUAUGUUUAUUAAAUUUUGUUUUCGCUAUUGGAAGUUUAUUUAUUGAAUAUUCAUCAUCAUCAUCAUCAAAUGAUUGUGUUAAUAAUGAUAUUGAUUAUUUACCAAAUUCUAUUGAAUUUUUACAAUCAGGUCAAUUAUAUAUGAGAAAUAAUGUUUAUGAUGGGAAAUUAUGGAUGGUUGAAGCAAAUUUUUUAAAAUAUUUUUAUUAUCAAGCAUGUUGUAAUCGAUCUAAUUCUUGGAUAAAUCUUGGUUCAGCAAUUAGAUUAGCUCAAGCUUUAGGUAUGCAUCGGAAAAUUAUUAAUGAUAAAAUUGAAAAUCAAGAAAUAUCUAUUCAUAGACGUCGAUUAUGGAGAUCAUUAUAUGUUUGUGAUUGUGUUAGUAGUGUUAAUUUGGGUCGUCCAUUAAUGAUUAAUACUUAUGAUUAUGAUGAUAUUAAUUAUCCCGUGGAAAAAUUAUUAUUACCCCAAGAUGAAAAAAAUGAUUCAAUUGAAAGAAUUCGAAUUAUUGCUCAAAAUGCAACUAGUGAUUCUGCUGUACUAAAUCGAAGUAUUGUUCAAAAUUUAUAUAAUGGAGGAUCAAUUAAUAUUAAAGAUUCAAAUUCUUUAGCUUUACAAUUAAAAUUAUGGAGUAUUGAAUUACCAAAUUUUUUACAAUUAACUAGUGAUAUGGAAAAUCAAUUACGUGAUCCAACAAAUCCUAAUAAUUAUUUGUUUGUUUUCGUUCAUAUUGGUCAAUUAUAUGGAAUUAUGGCAUUAACUAGACCAUUUUUAGUUCAUGUUGUUAAUCGGAAAUUACGUCCCAAUAUGUAUAAACCUCAAGUUACUGAUGAAAAACAAUUGAUGCCAUUUUGUAAAGCUUCUAUUAAAGCAGCUUUUUUAACCAUUAAAUUAUUUAAAUUUUAUUGUACUUAUAAUAAACUGAGGAAAGAAGUAUUUACUAUUCAAAGUGCUACAUUCUUUGCUCUGAUUCUUUUAGGAUUUACAUUAUUAGAACAAAUUAAUUCGAAAAAACCUGAUUAUCAUUAUAUUUCAGUGAUUAAAGAAUCUAUAAAAGAUGCAAUUUCCAUAUUCCAAUUAUUUAAUUUUAAUGCUACUUGUAAUCGAUGGGCUCAACAUUUAAUUUAUAUGAUGGAAGCAUUAAAUAGACCAGCAUUACCAUCCUUACGACAAACACCAGCAACAGCAACAACAACAAAAACAACAACAACCACUACUCCUGUACCACCAACUCAUCAUCCAAUUACUAGUACAAACUUAAAUCAUCAUCAUCAUCAUCAACAACAACAAUUACCUCCUUCUAGUGGUAAUGUUAAAUUCCCAUUCCAGAAUAAUAGUCCUUCAUCUUCAUCAAUUAGUUCAGAAAUUGAUCGAUUUAAUGAUGAAUUAAUUCGUUGGAAUAAUGAUAAUACGGCAUUUGAACAAAUGGUUAAUUUCCAACAAUAUUUUGUUCCUAAUGAUAUUGAUGUUUUAAAUAAUAAUUAUUUGGAUGCAUUUAAUUAUACUAAUACUUAUAAAUAUAACAUGUAA